CCGCGCACCUGCAGCCGGCGGUGGCUCCUGCGCACUGGCUGCUUGCUCGCGCGCUCCCGCCCCACGCAGCGCCGAUUGGCUGAGCGCGCCCGUGCGGAGCAGCGGUUGGCCGGCGGGCCUGUCGGUCCGGCGCGCCCCGUCCCCUCCGCUCGGUCCCCCCCUUGGCCGGCCUGGGCCUCGUCCUCGGCGGCUGAGGCGGGAGGGGGGGAUCGGUGCGGGGGCGGCCCGCGGUGCUGCGGGCGCCUCCGUGCCGCCGGGGCCUCCGUCGCCGAGCAGGCUCGUGGGCGACGCCCGGGGCAGCCGUCUCGGGACAGGAAUGUCAUGCUUUUAAACAAGAGAUAAACCAUCUCAAUAGUGAGAGCCAGACCGAACAAUGGAUUGAUGGAGAUGUGCAGCAAAAUGGGUUGAGUGAGUGCAGCACUAACUUACUCUGCUUUGAUCUUGCCCUAUCUCCACUUCUGCUGCAAAGAGGAGAAAUCCAUGUGUAAAUGGGUUUAAGUUGGCAGCAAAGAGCGGACAAACUGUGCUGGAAUUCUGCUUUCGUCAUGUUGUCUUACCUGUGCUGGCUGAGCUGAAACUUCUGGCUUCCUGGGGAGAGCAUGUAUAAAAGGAAUGACUUCAUGGCCAAUGUGAUGGUCACCUCUGCCACUCCAGAGAUGUGUACUUUUUUUUGUUGUAGGGUAGUAGCAGCUCAGAUUCUCUGGAAGGGCGAAGUUCAGAUUAUGCCAAUAAAAGCUAUGACGCAGUUGUAUUUGAUGUAUUGAAAGUAACUCCUGAGGAGUUUGCUAGCCAGAUUACGUUAAUGGAUAUGCCAGUAUUUAAAGCUAUACAGCCUGAGGAGUUAGCCAGCUGCGGGUGGAAUAAGAAAGAAAAACAUAUCCUCGCUCCAAAUAUCGUUGCCUUCACUAGGAGGUUUAACCAGGUCAGUUUUUGGGUUGUACGAGAAAUAUUAACAACACAGACCUUAAAAAUAAGGGCAGAAAUACUGAGCCAUUUUGUGAAAAUUGCUAAAAAGCUUCUAGACCUCAAUAACCUUCAUUCUCUUAUGUCUGUGGUGUCAGCACUGCAAAGUGCACCUAUCUUCAGACUGACCAAAACCUGGGCUCUUUUGAAUCGCAAAGACAAGGCCACCUUUGAGAAGUUAGACUAUUUACUGUCUAAAGAAGAUAAUUAUAAAAGAACACGAGAGUACAUCAGAAGCCUAAAAAUGGUUCCUACUAUUCCGUAUUUAGGAAUUUAUCUCUUGGACUUAAUCUACAUUGAUUCUGCAUAUCCUGCUUCAGGCAGCAUUAUGGAGAAUGAACAAAGGUCCAAUCAAAUGAACAAUAUUCUCCGAAUAAUAGCUGAUCUACAAGUCUCCUGUAACUAUGAUCAUCUCACAAUACUGCCCCAUGUGCAAAAGUAUUUGAAGUCUGUCCGUUACAUAGAAGAACUUCAGAAAUUUGUAGAAGAUGACAAUUAUAAGGAAUCACCAACAACCAACAGGUUUCAGAAAUACCAUGAUGCAACUACUGCAGAAUCUUCUUCCUCCCCCAGGAGUGUAAGAAGUGAUCUGAGGAGAGUGCUUGUCCCCAGAUUAUCAUUAAGAAUUGAGCCAGGUAACAGCUCUCCUCGACUGGUUUCCUCUAAAGAAGAUCUUGCAGGUCCAUCUGAAGUGUCAGCAAUUAUGAAAUUCAGCAGGAGACCAACAUGUCCUGAUGCCUCAGUAGCAGCAAGUCUACCUACACCUCCUGUACCCAGGCACAGGAAGAGUCACAGCCUGGGAAACAACAUGAUGUGUCAGUUCAGUGUAGUGGAGAGCAAAAGUGCCACCUUCCCGACGGAGAAGCCGCGCCACCUUCUGGAUGACAGUGUCCUGGAGUCGCACAGCCCAGCCCGCAGCCACGCACUGAACUCAAUUUUCACCAAUGGCGUUUCCAUAGAUAGCAGUGAAAGCUCAGAAUUUAGUGAGGAGCUGUCAUCAGGGCUUGAAAGGGGUCGUUUGUAUGCCACACUUGGGCCUAACUGGAGGGUACCAAUCCGGAAUUCUCCCAGGAGUCGAAGCUGUGUCUACAGCCCAACAGGGGCCUGCAGCUACACGUUAGGUAGUUCUACAGGAGUCAUUUCCAUGGAAGGGCCAUUAAGGAGAAAAACACUGCUCAAAGAAGGCAAGAAACCUACUCUCUCCUCGUGGACUAGAUACUGGGUUAUGCUUUCAGGAUCAACUCUUCUGUACUUUGGAGCAAAAUCUUUACGAGGCACUGAAAGAAAACAUUAUAAAUCUACACCUGGUAAAAAGGUUUCCAUUGUGGGCUGGAUGGUGGCACUGCCUGAUGACCCUGAACAUCCUGAUAUUUUCCAGCUAAAUAACCCUGAUAAAGGCAAUGUUUACAAAUUCCAGACUGGUUCAAGGUUUCAUGCAAUAUUAUGGCAUAAGCAUUUGGAUGAUGCAUGCAAAAGCAACAAGCCUCAGGUACCUGCUAAUCUUAUGUCAUUUGAAUAAUUUGCUCUCUUACCUGCUGUGACUUCAAGUGCCAAACUGAAGAAACAGGUUAUUGUUCUCUAAGGAGGAAGAGGAGAAAAGAAUGGUUUUCCUGAUGUGAGCCAGCCACAGCUGUUUCAGCACUUUCCUAUGUAACUUGAAAGUGAUUCUGAAACAUCUUUUAAAAGCAGAAAACGAAUGUUGUCCUUAGGACCAGACAUAGUCUCAUGCACUGAGUGAAAGAAAACAAGUUAGAUGGACAGAAAAUCAAUCCUGACUCCUGCAGGAUUCUAGAGCACUCAACUUUUUGUGGUCACAGACUGUCCCUGAACUGAUGUUUGACCACAAACUGAGCAUCAUAUCUUCUGCCUAUCCUUUUUUAAACUGUUAUUUUUAUUGUUAAGCUGCUUUGUGUGACUGAAGAACAUUUGGCCCAUGUUGGGUUUCAAUUCUUUCUAAUGCACAGAAUGAUUGACAGUGUUAACUUGCUGCAGAGUGUCAAUUAGAAUAGAAAAUUGUGGAACAACAUUUUUAUAACCUAAGUGCACUGAGUUGCUUGGCAAUGUGGCUGCCUCAGAUUUUGUAUCAAAUCUCUGGACAAUUCUGCUGUUCACAUUUGGGCUAUUUGGGAAAAAUGUAUUUUGGCACAGGGCAUUUUCUUUUCAUUCAGUUACGUUACUCAGAAAUGCCAUGACAAUGUAUUUAAGGUGUAUGUUUUUAAAUUUAUGUUGUGUUAAAGGUUGUCUUUCAUUCUCUUACUAGUGGUAUAGCUGCUUACAUUUUUUUUUUUUGAAUCUGGACACUGUUCAUCAUAUAUUCCUUGAUACAUGGAAGGAGGUGAUCAGGUCCUAUGAUUCAUAUGACCCUGGCUCUUCAGAAUGAUUCCAUAUCAUUAUUUUCUGUUCUGUCUUUCUGUUGAUGACCCAGACCCAUUCAAUUCCAGUACAUGAUGCGCCUUAAUGGCAUAUAGUCAUGGUACUGCUAAAUCAUGACGUCAAUGAAAGCUAGGCAACACUGUCUGAUAAUGGAACAGGUACAAAGAAACCUCCAUGUCAGUGUCCACACAAUUAAAAAAAUAAAUAAAAAUACAGAGAGCCUUAUUAUUAACUAGUCUUCUCCUGUAAAGGAACUCUUCUGACUCUUCCUACCUCCAUAGCUAUAUCCCUGCUGUGCCCUAGCACACCUGUGGUCAGAGUUGUUAGAAUUUUAUUCCCAUGAUAAGUUCAGUCCUUUUUCAAUGUGAAACUCUCUUGCUAUAAGGCAUCACUGUUCAUACCUCCUUAAUCACAGAAAGAGGAAAAUCUCUUUUGAAUUUCCUAAGAUUGCAUGGAGGAGAUAUUUUCAAUACAUCCAGCUUUGCAGACCAUGAAAAAAUGAAAGACAAUUAAAAUGAACAGAGCCUAUAUUAGAACAAGCUCCCUGGCACUAGUGGUAUUUAUUCUUGUGGCCUUGCAUGAUUUUCUGAAUUUUGAUUUUGAAACUUCUCUAACAGCAGCAACAACAAUCUGUACUGUUAAAGGUAGGUUGACUGUAAUUUUUGUGUUAUUUUAAUUGUCCGUGUUACAGUCCUGAGAAUUAAGCCUAAUUCAUACCAGCUUUUCAAGAAAACCAUUUCCUGACAACUCCUGCAUUUAGGUCCAGGGACGUGAAAAUUUAUGUAAAGUUGACAGAGACUCUUCAAUAGAUCAAGAGUUGUGUGAAAAGAGUAGUAUUGCAAAAUGUAUUUAUACUUUUUUUCACUUUGUAUGUUAAAUUAAGACAAGAAUGAACCAAGAAAAACACAGGUGAAGUCAGAGCAUCCAGUGCUAUUAGAGACAGCGUAAAAGCUUUUGAAUGCUAAAAACCUGCCAUCAGUAAAUUAAUUCAGACUGUUAGAAUAUAUCAUCUGAAUUAUUCUGCACCUGUGGACUUGUGUGAUUAGUUAUCAAUGAGAUUAUUCAUGAAAAUACAGGUGUUACGUGGACUGCCAUCUUAAUGAGUAUGCUACCUAUACCCACAUGUAUCAUGUGUUAUUAGCAUUCAUAGGGUUUGAAUGAUGUCCAGUUUCUUCAGUAUUUUAGAUUACACUUACACCCUUAAAGCUAAAGAUGGAGUCUUAUUUCUCAGUACAUAUUAUGUGCAGAUACAUGUAUUGUCAAAAUACUAUCCGUUAUAGAGUAGCUACAUUUUAGGUGGGCCAACAAAUAAAUACCUAGGAAGAGAAGGUGUUAUAUACAGGAAUUAAAUCUUAACUGCAAGCAUCAAGAAUGGUGAUCAAUGAUGACACACUAACCAAAGAACAACUAUGCAUGUAAAGAGGUGACUUUGGGGUGGGUGGUUGUGUGUGGUUUUGUUUGUGUGUGUGGUUUUUUUUAGUUUUGUUUUGUUUUGUUGCUUUUUACUUUAUUAGUAGCCCUUUCCCCUUAAAAGGGAAUAAACUGAUCUGUCUUAAAUGUAAGCUAAAUUUAAAAUGCUCAUUGGCAUAAUGUGCAUAUAUAUUAGAACACCAAUGACAUAUUUUCCAGCAUAUUGUAAUUGAGAUAAACUAAUGGAUGUCAUGACAAAUUUCAGUUAUGUCUAACAAGCGUCCCUUGGAAAGAAGAAUGAUGUGCCUGUACACACUCAGAACUUAAUAGCUUUUAGAAUUUAAGGGUCUUGUAAGAGGCAGAUUUUUCUGUUCUUCAAAGAUAUACUUUUACUCAAAAUUAUGAAAUUAUGAGCCAUAGAGCUUGUUGGAGUAGUUACAAAAGGGUCCAUUUUCACUUCUUUUAAAAAAGAUUUCCAACUAAAAAGGAAACAUCUUUACCAGAAAAGAUCGAAAAUGGUGUGGCAUGAAUGAAUUAAAAAAUUUAUGAAUGAUUCUUACAUCUAGUCAUUUGUCACUGAGAUAUGUAUUUGAGGAGAAAGAAAACCUUUAAAAUAGUCCUACUGAGAACCUUGGAAUUUGGGAAUGUGUCAGAAGAACUUGAAAUCAUUCACGUUAUUAUAAUUUUAAUGUUUAUAUAUAUAUAUAUAUAAGAUGAAUGUAGUAGAUAAUAGACUUACACAGUAGUCAGGUAAAGUCUUUUCAGUAUAGCAAAAUUGUGAAAUUACUGUACAAUAUAAAAAAGAUUCAGAAUGAUGGAACAGUUUAAGAAUAUUAUUAAAAAUAGCUUGAUCCAAUUUUAAAUGAAUUUAUAAAUAUUAAACAGUUUGUGGCUACUGGUUUGGGAUUUUUUGCUGUCAUUUGACAGCAUUUGCUGUCAUCAGGUACUUUUAAUGUGAAUUGAAAGCUGCUAUCGACAUACAACACAUUGCAAAUAGGUACUGGUUAAUACACCGUUUUCACAAAAAAAUGUCACAAACCACGCAAGUUUCAUCUGUCAAAGAGAGUAACUGCAAUAGUUGUGUAGAAGCAAACAUUAUCUCAAAAUGACUCCAGGAUUGUGAAGGUAUACAAUGUAUUCAGGCAAUAUUAACUACUUAAUCUGCGAUUUUAAUGUUACUCAGUGCCAAAAUGCAUGUUUUUCCAAAAAGCACUACAAUGAGGCAAAGAUAGUCCUUUUCAAAUUGCAAUUUACUUGUCACAUUAUAAUCUAAACCAAUUUCAACACUUUGGUUUGUUUUGUGUGAAGACUGUUGCACUAUUUUUGGCCGUAUUUUUCAGCAGUCCACUGCAUGCCAUUUGUGUAAGGAUUCUUUCUAUAAUUCUUGUGAAUUGUUUCACCUGUAAUAACCACUAAACCCUAGCAUUGGAAUCUAGGUUUUUGGCAAAGUAUUUUGUUACCUCAGUCUUGUAUCAAUUUGCUGUAUUUUUCAGCUUGUUACAUUGAUAAUGAUUGUUUCAAUAAUUAAAUACUUUAAGGUAAAAAAAAAAAAAAAAAGUUUGUUUACUUUGACAGCAAUUACAUUUGGUUGUAGAUUUAAAAAUGUGUGAAAUAUGUAUGCUGUUAACAAUAAAAUAUUUUAAAAA